AGACCCUUGCAUUUGAUGAAGUAGUGUUCAUAAUAGAAGUCAUGUUCUCCAAAUUUUUUAAAUAGGCUAAUGACAGACCUAAAGUCAUUUAAUUUUUGCACAGGGUGGUAGCUUUAUUAGAUUUAUUGGCUUCUGCUUUUCAAAUCUCACCUGUGUCACCAUUUAUUUCCAUCUUUUAAACCCGCCUUCUCUCUCUCUCUCUCUCUCUCUCUCUCUCUCUCUCUCCUCAGAAGAGGACAUUUCAAUUUGCAAGUUCUCUUACUGUAAAAACAAAAUUGAGGGUAAACCAUUGAGUCUCUAUCAGAAAUCCUGCUUAUAAUCCAGCACAACCACAUGAGACCAAUCUUAAACAACUGUCUGGGAUUCUGCACUUUCACUUGGACUUGGACUUUGGUUUGUUUGCAUACCAGAUGAGAUUCUUCAGAUUAGAUGCCUGAAGCUGAAAGCUGCAAUCUUGGUAAGUUUUCUCAAUCUUUCCUUGGAAAUAAGCAAAGACAAGAAAAAUGGUCCGGUCCCUCCUUGAAAUCAAAGAAAAAGGCCUUGCCACUACCACUCUGCAAACGUACUUUGUUCCUCAGCCACCCCCACCCUCCAAUGUUCAAUCAGAUAGUUUCAGUUUUGGCAACAAAGUCAGUCCAAGCAUACUGCUCAUAAUCAUAAUUCUAGCCAUUAUUUUCUUUGUUUCUGGUUUGCUUCAUCUCCUUGUUAGAUUCCUUUUGAGACCUUCGAGCAGAGAUGCAGAUGACUUGGAGAGUGUGACUGUUCUUCAAGGACAAUUGCAGCAACUGUUCCACCUCCAUGAUGCUGGGGUUGACCAGUCUUUCAUAGACACUCUCCCUGUCUUCCAUUACAAAGCCAUCAUAGGAUUGAAAAAUCCAUUUGAUUGUGCUGUGUGUUUGUGUGAGUUUGAGACUGAAGAUAAGCUCAGAUUGUUGCCCAAGUGCAGCCAUGCCUUUCACAUGGAGUGCAUAGACACAUGGCUCUUGUCUCACUCAACUUGCCCUUUGUGUAGAGAUACUUUGCUCCCUGAUUUCUCUCCAAACAAUAGCUGUUCCCCCAUUGUUCUUGUUCUUGAAUCUGGGAGUGACAGCUCAAGAGAGAUGGUCUCCGAUAGAGAGGCUGCUAUUGGCAGAACCAACUCAGUUUUGGGACCAAAUUCCCACCUGGGUUUUCAUGGAGACGUCGAAUUGGGCUUGUCCCACCGCAAAUCGUGCGAAAUUGUGACGAAAGAAGAGGCUAAUCCAACGGUAAUGGUGGAUUCUGGGGAAAAGGUAGUGCCUGUGAAGCUUGGAAAGUUCAGAAAUGUGGAUGGUGGUGGUGAAGGGAGUAGUGACAGCAAUGUGGAUGCAAGAAGGUGCUUUUCUAUGGGGUCAUUUGCAUAUGUAAUGGAUGACAAUUCUUCGUUGCAAGUACCCAUUAGAGCCUCAAUGAAAAAGCAACCAAGCAAGAAGCCUACUCUGCCAUUAACACCAGGUCACAGGCAAGCAAUGUCUGAAUGUGAUUGUGAGUCCAGAAGAGAAUUCAAGUUCAGUGGGGUUGAAGCAAUUGGAGGCCUUGAGACUCAAGGGACUGCUAGUGCUAGUAUUACUAAUGGCAAUAAUACCAUUGGGAGGAGCAAGAGGGAGAGCUUCUCUAUAUCGAAGAUUUGGCUCCGCGGGAAGAAAGAAAAGCCGAAUAGGGCAGGAGAUUCGUCGAGACUGGCCUCUUCCUUCCGGUUUCCUGUGCACCGGAGUGGCGUGGCUGGCGGAGAGGAAGUGAAGGCCAAGAAUGUUGAGAGUGGGAGUAGGAGGACUAUUUCAGAGAUUGACAGUGGCAGGUGGGAAAAUGGAGGGAGUGAAUUGGGUUGUGAUGAGGAGAAUGUUAGUGUUAGCUGUAACAGUUUGGAUUCUCAAGCAAAUCCACCAUCUUUUGCAAGGAGGACACUGCUUUGGCUCAUGGGUAGACAGCAGAACAAAGUUGUUCAUUCAUCAUUUGAUCCUAGUGUUUAGUUUUCUGUUAAUUUCUUUAAUUUUUAUUCUUAUCUAGAUAGAAAAUUAUUAUCUAUGAUUCCUCAUCCUCCUGGAAGGUAAAUUUGGAUGUUUUGUAACUGGAAAAUUGAAGAAGCAAUAGUUGGAUAGGGAUCUCAGAUCAGUUUCUGCAUUUCUCUUGUGGAGAGAUGCAAAA